GGAAGUUACUCUAAGUUUAUUUAUUUUUUUGUCAAGCUGUUGUGCAAAAUUCUGUCUACAAACAUAAUUCAGACAUAGAUUAAAGGAAAUGGGGCUAUGAAUGCACACGCUAUCAAAAUAUAAAAAUGGAUCCAGGUGUAUAUGGACAAAGCCAAGGUGCGGGGUAUCACUCUGGGGUACCACUGUAUUUAAAUCAGCAGUCCUCAUUUGUGCAUCAACCAGUUUUUCAUGCUUACCCACCCAGAGUACCACCACCCCAAGUCAUCCUUACUUCACACCAAGCUCCUGCGCCUGAUUUUUACCAAAGACCCCCUCCCAUGCAGCCUGUAACAGCCCAGUCAGCUGGACCUGCUAUAGGUGUGCCAGUAUAUCCACAUGUACAGAAUAUGCCCACUCCAGUUCAGGGCCAGCUGCUUCAUUAUACUGGUCCACCCCUGCAACAGUAUACUGCCCCCACACAUCAGCCAAACCUCGCACACCCACCUAACCCUAUGGGUCAGCCUCUGCCUCCAGUGGAAAAGUCAGGUGCACCAGUAAUGUCUACGAUUCCCUGGUCGGCAGCUAUCUCGCCACCUCCGUCUGAAAGUUUCAACUUCACACAAAGAAGUACUACCCCACCCAGCAGUUGUCCCCUGACAGUCAUACCUGCUCGACUGAAGUUACUGGCUGAGCAGUACAAGCAGACGCCAGUUUCUUCAUGUGAUAAAUCAAACAGUAGUUUCCUUAAUGCUGCCUUACAACAUGGUAUUGUCAUAGGUCGUCCAGAAACACCACCAUCUGCUGAGCCGUCAAAGUCAGUUACCCCACCCACUUCGGAACCUUUCCCAUUUCUGUCAUUGGGCAACAACAUUGAUGGAAAUCGUGCAAUAGACAGGCAAAAUCUAGUUGAUUACUAUGUAAAUAAACAUGAGAGUUUGAGUCAACACAGAAUGUUAGACAAAGACUUGAACAAAGUAAAUGAAGCAAGCUUAAAUGAAAAUAAUAAUAAUAAUGCUAAUGAUGGCUCAAAGUGUGUCAGUAAAAGUUUGGAAAAGUAUGUAUGGUCGGAAUAUAACACUUUGACCAAUAGAAUGGAAGUUGUCAAAAUUAAUGCAAAGCCACUAGCGAGUGGUGAUAGAAAUAGUAAUGUUCUAAACUGGUUGUCAAAAUCGGAAGGUGUACCAGUUUCCAAUGAUCAUUAUGACUUUGCAGAAGAAGUCAAUGAAAAAGAAAGUAGUCCAGAGGUUGAUCAUGAGAAAAAUUUAGAGAAUGUAAGUUGUGUUAAUCAAGCUGCCAAUGCUGAAACUGAAUUUAAGAAACUGGAAGAUAUUUUGGAUGUGAAUGAUAAUUACUUUGAUGAUAGUGUUGAUAUUGUUAUCGAAGAACAUGAAUUUCUGUCAUACAAGGUGUCAAGUUCGCCUUUUGGAGAUGAAAAUUCAUCUUCAGAGUAUGAUGAUGAUGAUGAAACUGCGCUUGAUGAAGUCGAUGGUGAAAUCUUUAGCAGGUCAGAUUUGGUCAAGAAAGAAGGUGAGGUUGUAGAUACAAAUGCAGAUAUACUUAGUAGGACUAAAGAAAUCAGUAUUCAGAUGAAAGGUGAAGAACAAGUUUUAGGAAUAGAAACAGCAGAUGACAUGGAUAGAAAGAAACUACCAUCCAAAGAAAAAGUGUCUUUGAUUUCACAAACAGAUGAUGAAAAAAUUGUGAAUCAAUACCAGCAACAAUUAGAAGAAGUGGAAAAGGCUCAGAUUGAAUUGCUUGCAUCAGCAAGUAAAGAUGUAGAGAAAAUCGCAUCAAAUAUAGUUAGUCAAGCCAUUGCAAAAGGAGUAAUAAAAUUCUUCAGCACAUUCAAAGAUAAACUGACUGACACUGAAAAGGAAAAUUAUGAAAAGGUUUUGGAGAUCAGAGAAGUGAAAAAUAUGUGUGGAAAUAGAAAUGACAAAGUUUCGCAAGAAAGUAAAAAGGGAUUGUAUUCUUGGAAUAGCGGUAAUGAAAUGAACAAAGACUCGGAAGUAGAGAAAUGUGAAGACAUAGUAGAGACAGAUGCUCCAUGUAUCCAAGAGCUUACAAUAAGACCUACCUCCAAAAAGCCUGAUGAUUUUGAGAAGUUCUUUUUUAAGCGGACAGCAUCGAAACAUGGAAUAACCAUUGUAAGUCCAGAAAAAGUUGUCUCUUACAAAAAGUCAGAUUUUGUAAAGGAAGAAACCCCAGAGAGUAUUGAAUCACAUAAUGAUGAAGAUCCAUUUGAACAUCUUUUCAAAUCGUCUGGAAAUUCAGCACCAAAAAAUUUUUAUUCUCGAGAUACAGAUUCUGAAAGGAGAAAUAUAAAAGAAGCAUUCAAAAUGGGAAUUAAGAGAGUUUUAUCUGAGGAAGCAGAUUCUGAUGUUAAUAGCAUAGAGGGUUCUCAGAGUGAUUUUGGAGAUGCAUUUAGAUUGAAAGCCUCUCUUAGUGGAAUUUUAGUGCAGGAUCCAAGUGAAAAAGUGGAGUUUUCCACUGACAGUGAUGCAGAACUUGAGCAGUUGUCUAGGCACCGUAACUCUAGGGGUGACAAUGCUGAUACUGAACGAAAAAGAAGUACGUCCACCCCAGAUCCUUUUAACUUACCACUUAAUCCGAAAUCUCCAGAAUUCAAGCCAGGUUGGAAAAAACGAACAAUAUCUGGUGGACUUAGACCAGAAGCAGCCGAGUUCAAUCCAGAAUCUCUGAAUUCCUCUUUUAGUUUGAAUACCUCAGUAUCUGGGUCAGAUUUUAGUGAGAAACUGGACUCCAGCAUGAGAAUAGAUGCACCUGCAUUUGUACCAGUCUCCAUCAAGACAGGACCAACACCUCGAUACGAUGCUGCCCUAUUUGAACCAAAGGAACAAGAACAAAGAAAACCAAAAGUUUUCUAUAUACCAACACCAAAGGAAAAGACACCGAACCCAUCUGUAGCUAUACAAGCUUCUCUAAACACUUCAACGAUAUGUGUUGGAACAAAGAAAAUAAAAACGAAAGAAUCCGCCAUGGUUACAAAUACCUGCAAUACUAGAGAUGUUUCUGUUAAUACUGAAACUGAUACAGAAAUUGAUGGUAAAAAUGUCAAUGUCAAAAAAUCGUCAAAAAAGUUCACAAGUAAAGCAACAAAUACAGAUAUGUCACAAAAAAGAUCAAUUGGAAUUAAUGUGAGAAGUAAGACUGCAGUAAAACCUUUAACGUAUGAUAUGACUACUAUGACAGAAGUGAUACCAGAGAUAAAAGAAGAAGGGAAAGACAUGGGUUCAAAGGGAACAGAUUUAGAGGAGAAAUUGAAGAAACAGGCCAUUCUGUUGGAGAGUAUGGGAUCAUUACAGAUUGAGUUGAUGUUGUUCAAAGAGAAGGAAAUCCGUGAGAAACUGUCUUGUAUGAAGGAGGACCUGAUGAAACGAAUGACAGGUGUAAUGGGACUGUUCACUGAUGGGUUGAAGCAGCAUGCUGAGAGUAUGAUACAGAGUAAACUGAGGUUAGGGGGGCACGGGACAAGUAACGGUCUGUAA